AGGGAGCCUCAAAGACCGGAUCCUCCUCAGCAGCAGGGUGGUGUCUUCUGUCCAAGCUAUGAUGGCUACUGUUUCUGGGAUCAUUGUUGUCCUUAAUUGCAAGGAUGUGGUCCAUGACAGGUACUGGCUCGCAGUAGAAUAUGUUUGGGUUGUGGUCCCGUAUAUGAUCUACGACGUAUACGUCAUGUACCUCUGCCACUGGCACAAAAGCAAAGACACCUCGGAGAAGAAGCAUUCGCUGGCCAGCGUGAGGAGCUUCCUGGAGAAGGAUCGCCUCAUGGUGACCCACCAUCUCUUCAUCCUCAUUGUCCUCACACCUGUCGCACAGUACCUCAGAGGAGAGCUUGGCGAUUUCUUCGUCGGUUGCAUCUUUGUGGCGGAACUGAGCACUCCGUUCGUGUCACUGGGCAAAAUCCUUAUGCAGCUGAAAAUGCAGGACACGCUCCUGCACAAGGUGAACGGGAUUCUCAUCCUGGUGACAUUCUUCCUCUGCCGGAUCCUCCUCUUCCCAUUCAUGUACGGGGCCUACGCCAGGCAGGUGGGGAUCCCCCUCUACAUGGCGCCAUUCCACAUCCCCGUGCACUGCAAUGUGGCCAACGCCUCCCUCAUCGCCCCACAGCUCUACUGGUUCGUGCUGAUCUGCAAGAAAGCCGUCCGGCUCUACGGCAGGUCGCCGGCCGACAAGAACCGAUAAUGGCCGGCAGAGGCUGCAGACCACAAGGUCGGAGACUAAGCCAGUAUCCUGGCUCUUCGCCCUGCGGCCUUGCCAUUCCAAUCCGCGUUGUAGGUCCCAGUCUGGGACCAGAGCGUCAUUGCCCAUUGGUGCUGGGAGGUUGUUUUACUUGAAAGCAGCCGUGUUGUCUCUGCUGCCGUUCAAGGAAGCAGCACCAGGCUGUUACAGAAGGACAGUCUUUCUGUGACACUCGAGUGUCCUGUGUCCUUCUGUCUGUGGGAGAACCUGGCAGGCGGUGUAAGGAAAGCACUACAGAGAGGAGAGGCAAGAGGGUUUGUUACAAAGAUUCUGAUCACUGAACAGGGGAAAUUGACGACCAUGCAGACCCAAACCUAGCUUACGUGGGUGUAACUCCGCUGGGAGAGUCUGAGCCAAAUUCAGUGGUGUGGGCAACCUCUCGGGGCGGGGGGGUGUCUUUGGUGCUGACCUGGCAUUCGGUGGUUGUGCAAAACUAGCCCGUCGUACACACAGAGGGGCAAGUUCACCUCACUCAGAUUCAGUUAAUCUGAUUUACACCCUUCCAGCUGAGAGCAGAACCUGGCCCUGAAGGAACACAAAAGAGGGUGAUAAAAAGAGGGUGAUAUUCUGAGCAGUCUGCUCCCCUUACACCACCCUUGGGCCAUGGCUGAAUUUGGCCCAUUGCCUCGGUGGACGUUUCUACUUGCUGCUAAACACAAAUUUGUCCCUUGCUCACACUACAUGUAAAGGUAAGUGCCAUGUUCCCCCAGGACUCGGAUUACGCAGCCACUAACUUGGUCUUGGUGGGAAAAAAACAGAGAAGAAACCGGAGCCAGGAAUUAUAGGUGAAAUGCAAUACGAGGCUGCACCAGAACAGUGAUCACUGCCUGCCACCCCCUUAGUCUAGUCCAGGGGUGGCCACCCCGCGGCUCACGAGCCACAUGCGGCUUUUCACCCCUGAAAGUGCGGCUCGCAAAGCUGCCCCGUGGCUCGUGAAGCUGCCCCACAUGCCCCUACGAUUGGCCCCCCGUGCUCACCGGGUACAGGGGAGCCACCUGGCACGGCAAAUGUUGAUGGGAGCCUGAUGUGGCCAAAAAGCCUGCCUACAGUUUUUAAAGGGGCAGCGUCCCUUUUUUUAUUUUUUUCCCCCUUAUCUCUGGCUGGUGGGGAGUUCUCUUUUUUUUGGCUCAACAAUUUUGGUGUGGCUCUUCGCAUUUUUCCCACCACUGUUUUGGCUCUUUUCAUUUAAUGGGUUGGCCACCCUGGUCUAGUCCUCUAUCCGUUUACCCCAGCGCUGACUUGGCCCCACACCAGUGUUCCCUGGAAGCGGUGCACUUAUGCGACCACUCAAACGAUUCCAAUGCCACCCAACUCAUUAGCAGAGUGCCAACAGCUAGGUUUUUUUGCUUCUGCUGGUGGUGCACAUUCACACAUAUUUUGGUGCACAUACGCUUAUUCCGCACAUGGGUGGAAAAGACGAGAGGGAACAGUGGCCCACGCGCUCUGCUGCGCUGACGAAAUCCCUGACCCCACUUAGGACCACGUCUCCUGCAAGCCCGGCCCCAGAUUGCAGCACUUGGCUGUAAUACCGAGAACCGGCUCUUUCUUUAGAACUGUGGAUUAAAGAGCCUGCCGGGUGCACGAACAAACUGCCAACCCUUAUGAGCACAGAGCCUGAUGGACAAUGACCGUGUACACAAGAAACACCGGCUCUUUGGAACCUCAGGUGCCGGCAUCAAUGGGCUGCAUUCAUGCCUGGAGAAUAACUCCACCAAAGCAAGAGUGGCCCAAGAGGCAAAUCUGGCCCGUAGCUCUCUCUGGAGCAGGGAGUUUACAAUGGGAUAGGCUGCCUUGGAGCUUUUACUUACCACGAGAGCUGAAGAUUACGUUUGAAAGCACUUAGCUCUCUGAAGCCCAGAUCCUUCAACCAUCAGGCCUUACCCUGGAGAUAGUCGCAUGUGCCUGGAAGAACAAAGAUAUUGGCUCCUUCCAGGUUUAGCUCCAACAGUGCAUCCCUGCAGUGACUGACCAAUUACGCCUGUGUUUGGUGAACUACAAAGGCCGGCCCGCUGGGUGGAUUUCCCCUUUGUGACGCGCUGUCAGUGUUUCGGACAUUUUUAAUCUUGCUGUCUGUGUUACAAAUGAUUUGCCUUGUGUAACAGAAAGGAAAACCAGCCCUGAGGCCAUUUUCAAGUUUGCACUAACCUUGCCCCUACUUACUACUACACUUCUCGGGAGAGAGACCAGUAAAGCCCUCUUUUCAGUGCC